CCUCACCCUCCUUGACCUCUGAGCUGGGCCCUUUGCGUACCUAUAAGAGGAGAGGAGAGAAUUGCCGCGAGCUGUCGGAUAUACAUCAGGGCCAAGGCGAGGAUAGAGAGCUUGAGAGGACAACAUCACCGUCUCGUCUCACUUUCGGGCUACUUGUUGAUCCUGGAGGCAUGCAUUGUCCUACCUACAUACAUACACGUACCUUGUGCUUCAACCAAUGCACGCGCUUCGGGUUUAGACUGCGAUGAGCCUCAAUAUUUGACGACUCCUCCUCUCUCUCUCUCUUUCUUUUCACAGCACUGACAGACGAGGCAUCUUCCGCCACCAUGCCAACCUACCUAUGUCACGGAUUUCGUUGGACUCGCAGGCUAAUUCGCAUCUUCGUCAUCCUUGAAGAUCUGGAAGACGCCGCGCCAGAUUGGAUCGUCGGCCGCGACACCUCCGCAAUCAUCCUCGAACGCAUGAACACCAAAUUCGAUUACCUGCCUCAACGUCUUCCACCCCAGCCCGACGAAGAGCAGUCUGAACAGUCCAAGCAGCAGUCCGAGCCCCAAGAGGAGCAGCCGCCGCCAGAGCAAGAAGAGAAAAAGUUUGUGCAUCAGGAUGAUGACUUGACCGUGCCGCCAUCUCGUGUCCCCGACAGCGAAGACAGUGUCUUGGUCAACCAGACAUCUGCGGUGAAGCUGUUGGAGGAGCACGACCCAGAAGAAACUACCAUCUCAGCGCGCCCAUAUGCCUAUGUCGCAGACCACGUUAUCCGCAUAGAUUUGAGCGCCGACGUCUUGCAGGAAAUUGCCAACUACGACGCUCUGGUCAAAGAAAGGAAUGAAGGCAAUUGGUUCGAAAGGCUCCGCGACGAACUGCAAGCUGGCGCCUCCAUCGGGUGGUAUGUAGUUGUCAAUGGAGAUGAAGAGCGUGCCGUACCUGAAUACGACGACGAAGACGAUGAGGAGAGCGAUGCGACGGAGCAAGGCAAAGGAGGCGACGAUGGGGAAAGCGAGGCACAGCCUGAGCAGCUGCGAAACAAGGAUCGCUCACAGGCGCCCAGAUUAACCGACCAACCGCACUCUCUGCGACACAAGAUAUCUCGGGCUGGCUUACGGCGUCUAUUUAGCAAGAAGGAAGCCCCUGAGUGACGGAUGAGCCGUAUCUUUCUGCGCCUGUUGAAUGGCCCAAGGGCGGUGCUGGGGUCGCCUGGGAGAAUGGCCGUUUGAGCGUUUCUAAUGGACACGAUGAGUAACAUGUAACUAUUAAAUUGUUAUCAAUUUAUCAUGAUAAUGAGUGCAGCAAGAUGACUUUUAAUACUACAUGUAAGUUGCGACUAGGAG